AUGUUCAUGAUACCAUAUACUAUACAAGCGUUUUCCGAGUCGUCCUCUACGCUAGUGCAUAUGCAAGCGGAGUGUUUAUGUUAUACAUGCUUUGUACCAAAUGUUGCGUAUGUACGAAGAACCGAAAAAAUGCCACUCAGCGUCGUAUCUGGCACUUAA